UACAAGUGCUCCCCCCUCUACAGCGCCUGUGUUUCCCACAGCCGCUACGACUCCUCCAAGUCACGGACAUACAUCGCCAACGGCACAGGCUUCGGCGUCAAAGGCUGCCUCAGCCAGGACAUCGUCAUGCCCUUCACCUUUGCCAGGUUUGAUGGGGUGCUGGGGAUGGGGUACCCCAGCCAGGCCAUUGACGGCAUCACCCCCGUCUUCGACCGCAUCCUCUCCCAGCAGAUCCUCAAGGAGGACGUGUUUUCCGUCUACUACAGCCGGAAUGCUCCUCUGAAACCUGGGGGGGAAAUAAUCCUCGGAGGCAGCGACCCAGCCUACUACACCGGAGACUUCCACUACCUAGUCAGAAAGAGCGGCUACUGGCUGCUCAGCAUGAAGGGGGUGUCUGUAGGGGCUGAAAUCCUGUUCUGCAAGGAAGGCUGCUCGGUGGCCAUCGACACAGGAGCAUCCUACAUCACCGGCCCCGCCGGCCCCAUCUCCGUGCUGAUGAAAGCCAUCGGGGCAGCAGAAAUGACUGAAGGAGAGUACGUGGUGGACUGUGACCGAGUCCCUCAGCUGCCCAACAUCUCCUUCCACCUGGGCGGGAAGGCAUACGCUCUCAGCGGCUCAGCCUACAUCCUUCGGCAAUCCCAGUACGGGGAGGAUGUCUGCGUGGUGGCUUUCUCAGGGCUGGACAUCCCACCCCCAGCUGGUCCCCUCUGGAUCCUGGGCGCCAGCUUCAUCGGGCACUACUACACCAAAUUCGACCGGCGCAACAACCGCAUCGGCUUUGCCACAGCCCGCUGA